CAUUGAUGGAAAGUAUGACUUAAAUUGUGAUGGAACACCAAUUUUAUCUUUAGUAGUUGAGGAUAAUGUAGGUUACAGAACUCUAAUUGCAUUUGAGUUAUCAAAUAAAGAAAAUAACCAUACAAUUAGACUUGCUGUAAAAGCUGUUUAA